GGGGCGGCGCCGGCAAGGAUGAAUAAUUGAGGUAGAGGGGAGGAGGAAGAGGAGCGGCGGAGGAAGAGCGGGAGGCGGGAGCCGCCCGCGCAGGGUCCUCCCCACUCCGCACCCCACCCGCUCCGCCGCCCGGAAGUCGCUCCCCGCCUCCUGCUCCGCCAACAUGGCCGCGAAGUCGGAUGGAGCGGCGGCCGUGGCCGGCCCGGGGCCCGAGGGGCCGGCGGGAGCAGAUCGGGGCGGGGCGGGAGGGCGUGGGGAGGCUGCGGCGGGGAUCGCGGGCCCGGGACCGGUGGAGGCGGGGUGCCCGGGGCCACGCUACGAGCUGCGGGACUGCUGUUGGGUGCUGUGCGCGCUGCUCGUGUUCUUCUCCGACGGCGCCACCGACCUGUGGCUGGCGGCCUCCUACUACCUGCAGGGUCAGAGCACCUACUUCGGCCUCACCUUGCUCUUCGUGCUGCUGCCCUCGCUGGUCGUGCAGCUGCUCAGCUUCCGCUGGUUCGUCUACGACUACUCGGAGCCCGCGGGGACCCCGGGACCCGCCGUCAGCACCAAGGACAGCGACAUAGUCGGAGCCGCCAUCAGCACCAAGGACAGUGCUGUCUCCUUCCGGACCAAAGAAGGUAGCCCGGAGCUGGUCCCCCGGCCUGCACCAUCCUCGGCCGGCACCUACCGGCGCCGCUGCUGCCGCCUCUGCGUCUGGCUACUGCAGACCCUCGUUCACCUCCUACAACUCGGCCAGGUCUGGAGGUACCUGCGCGCCCUGUACCUGGGGCUGCAGAGCCGCUGGCGAGGGGAGCGGUUGCGGCGCCACUUCUACUGGCGGAUGCUGUUCGAGAGCGCGGACGUGAGCAUGCUGCGUCUGCUGGAGACCUUCCUGCGCAGCGCGCCGCAGCUGGUGCUGCAGCUCAGCCUGCUGGUCCACCGCGGCCGAGAGCCGGAACUGCUGACGGCUCUCUCCAUCUCUGCCUCCCUUGUGUCCCUGGCCUGGACACUGGCAUCCUACCAGAAGGUGCUGAGAGACUCAAGAGAUGACAAGCGGCCUCUAUCCUACAAGGGUGCUGUGGCCCAAGUGCUGUGGCACCUGUUCACCAUCGCGGCCCGAACCCUGGCCUUUGCCCUCUUUGCCAGUGUCUACAAGCUCUACUUUGGCAUUUUCAUCGUAGCCCACUGGUGCAUCAUGACCUUCUGGGUUAUCCAGGGUGAGACAGACUUCUGCAUGUCCAAGUGGGAGGAGAUCAUCUACAAUAUGGUGGUGGGUAUCAUCUACAUCUUCUGCUGGUUCAACGUCAAGGAGGGCCGCAGCCGCCGUCGUGUGACCCUCUACUACUGCAUCGUGCUGCUGGAGAACGCAGCGCUCACUGGCUUCUGGUACUCCAGCCGCAACUUCUCCACUGACUUCUACUCACUCAUCCUGGUCUGUGUGGUGGCCUCCAGCUUUGCGUUGGGCAUAUUCUUCAUGUGUGUCUAUUACUGUCUCCUGCACCCCAAUGGCCCCAUGCUGGGUCCCCAGGCACCUGGCUGCAUCUUCCCUGAAGCCCCAGGGCCUUGUGGCCCUCCAGCCGAUGCUAUCACAAGUCCACCAAGGUCUCUGCCGAGGACUACAGGCACUGAGCGGGAUGGGGUUGCAGUGGGAGGUGAGCGAGCUGGGACCCCUACACCACCUGUCUUCCAGGUGCGACCCGGUUUACCUCCCACGCCAGCAGCCCGCCCCUUGCGGACAGAGGGGCCUGUCAUUCGGAUUGACUUGCCUCGGAAAAAGUACCCGGCGUGGGAUGCUCAUUUUAUUGACCGCCGGCUCCGGAAGACCAUUCUGGCACUGGAGUAUUCUUCACCUGCCACACCCCGGUUGCAGUAUCGGAGCAUGGGCACCUCCCAGGAGCUGCUGGAGUAUGAGACCACAGUAUAGUCACAGUCUGCCUCCCAAAAGGAACAGACUUGGCUGACCCCACAUUGACCACAGUGUUGAGUCUGGAUUUUUCAGAGCCACCAGGCUAAGUGGGAGUAGAUCUUUGGAUCCAAGAAUGGCCCCACCAUUGGGAUCCCUUAGGGGAGAGGGCAACCCUGUGGAGGCCCUAGGCCUCAUUUUAAGCCCUGUGGCCCAUUCUCUAAGUUCCCCUGGACCAGGGCACAGGGAGUCAACUGGUGCUACCCCUCAUGGACUGCCCCAGUCUCUUGGGGAUGCCAUAUAAUGCUUGGCACAGGGGUCUUUACUCUCCCUGGCCUAGAUUCACCCCACAUCAUCCCUGGUGGGCCUACAAAGAGAGAAGGCACUGCCUGGGGCCCAAGCACCCCUCAGAGAGUGGGGGAAGGGCUGCUGUGUGGUGGGAAGGGAUCUCUGACAGAAGGAUGGAGAAGGCUGUGGGGGGUGUGGGAUGAGUUGGGGGGGGAAAUCUCUGGACAGGGUUGGCACAGUUCCUAUAGGAAAGGGAGCUGGAACUGUAGAGAAUUAGAGCAGAGAGUGGGGGAGGGGACUUGGGGGUCUGACAGCACAGGUGUUGGUAGGAUAGAGAACCCUGAGGAGUGAAGACUGAGAGCAAUAUGAAGGGGUACAAGUGUAGGUUGGGGUACUGCUUGGGAGGCACACUUGGGGGGAGCUCUAUUAUGGAUGAAGUCUAGGCCCCUCAAGUGAAAAGUCACAAGGUGCCAUUUAUUCUAGAUGUGCAGAUGGGAUGCGCCCUCUAGAGGAAAGUCUUAAGCACAGCAGAUUAAAUGUCCAGGGAGAUGCUGCCCAGUCCUACUAUAGAUGAGGCCCUAUAGCCUCACUCUAUCGCACUGAGAGAGGACCUGUUGGGGAGACAUCUAGGUUCUAGAAUACCUCUUGAUAACAUGUCCUAUGGAGCUGCUGAUCUUUUAUAAGGAUCAAAGACCUGGAGCCCUGAUGCUCUGAUGUGGAAGAUUCUAGCUUCUACUGUGGGUGCCGGGGGCGAGGGAAGCGUGAGUCACCUGGGAUGUUCUAGAAUGGGUGCUUUAGUUCUAGGCUGCCAGGGCUUAUGGGAGUUCUAAAUCUCCUUCUACAUCCCCAGCCCUAUCUUCUCUAAAAGGAAACUGCCCUCAGGACCCUUGAGACAUUUCUGCUGCUAAGUGGUUCUCAGCUGGAAAACAAAAAAAUAACUCUGGGGACAUGACAUAAAUUUUGGCUUCCUGCCACCCUGCAGUGAGGUUCUCUGGGGCAAUAUCUGGGAGACUAACUUGCUUUGCCUCAAAUCUGCCAAGGCCCCAGGCCUGUGACCCAUACCAAUGGUCCAGAUACCCUAGGUUGCACAAAGGACCAGUCAUCCUGGCCUGUGUCCCUGGCCUGGGACAGCCAGUCUUGACUGGCUUGCACGAUGACGAGACAGUGGGGCUAGGAAGUUUUGUGAAAUCAAAGAUGGAGUUCUAGGCAGGUCCUAGAGUCCCUUGUUACUCUCUUAUGCCAAGUGAGGUGAGCUCACUGGAAGGGGACAACCUGGGACUUUAGGGACAAGUGCAGAUAGGGCUGGGAGUGCGGUGGGCCAUGAGAAUCCUAGACUAUGCAAAUAAGAAGUAUAUAGCCCUCCCUGGCUCAGCUUUUCUUGGAGUUACAGAUAGAAAACUGAGGCUCAGAGUGGCAGCUACUCUCACAAGGUCCCAUCCGUACAGAUGUGGCAAAUGGUUGAUUUGCUGAGGAUGCGCAGGAGUGUGUGUGUGGGGGGGGGAUUCCACACUUAAACGGUGAGGCAGAGAGGGCACACAAGAGCACACAUCAUACCAGGAUAUGUGCCAUCAUGCCUGGCACCAUGGGUAGCUACAUCUGUUCUGCCAGUGCUGAAUGUUUUUUUUUUCUCCUGCCACCCAGGAGCCCUGAGAGGCUUCCAGAGUGACAGGUAGCUCUAUCCUGACCCAGGCCUGCUCUGAGGGAGUCAUCCACUCUCUUUUCUCUCUACCCAGGGCUAGCUUUGGAAACUAAUUUCAUGGCCAGCUAUACACAUGUCACAGUCUGUAAGACAGAGCAUUGAGGAUGAGCUCCAAACCCAAGCCGCUUGUUUCUGCAGGGUUCAUGGUGCCAGGAAUUGCCAUACCAUUAUUUACCUGACACUCUUCCUCUGUGUGAGGCACCCCAACAAGAUCUAUACACCUAUCUACACAUCAAUGAGGUGACAUCUGGGCUACCCUUGACAAGUUAUUUUACACCCCCGGCCCCAGGAAUAAUAGCCCUGUGGAUGCCCCAUUCUCUAGCAGCCUAGAAGGAAAGGUUCCUAAUCCCCUAGCUGGUUACUGCAGGAGUUCAGGGAAGGCAGGGAACCAGGAUGAGCAGAGCUAGGUAUGGCUUGAGGCUGCUGGGAAGCCAUGGCCACAUUUUUCAUUCUAAUCUCACAGAGCUUUUCCCAGGACCCUGACUGUAAGAGGAUCUGGGUACCAGGGAAGGUCAUGGUCAGAGGCCCUCACCCUUCUCAUUAUCUGGACAGAGCUCACCUCCUCCUAGUAUUCCCCCUACUGCCAAGCUCAGGACCGCAUUCUUCCUGGCUUGAGACCUCUCGUCAUCGUUGGCCUGUCUUUUUGCUUCACUGGGGCAGAAGAACCUGAGUUGGGGAAAGCCCCAUCUUCUUGGAGCUGUUUUUUGGUUCCUUUCUCUGACACAAUCUACCUCAGCUGGUCUCUUUCCCCUGUCACAAGUGGUCCCCUGGGGCCUGCCACUCCUGUUCCCAGACCAUCAACCAAACCUGGAUUCUUAGUUCUUCCCUCCAUCCCUAUAAGGUUCUUUCAGUGAGAGAGGUCUUUUAGAACUACAACCUUAAAAGGAAGGGGCCCCUGUAGGCCCCCAAAGUCACUUGUCGUUCAUAUCUAUCAUAUAGGAGAAAUGGAGGGGACCACACAUUUGCCCAAGAUCACACAGCAAGUAAAUGGACCCAUAGGGUUCUCCUGGGCAUCAAUUAAAGUGAAUUCUGUCUUCUUCAGAAGCAGCAGAUAACAGGACAUCUUGAGAACAGAAAUACUAGGCAGGCCCUGCCCUACUAUCUAAUCCUGAGCCAUUCCCUUCCUAAACCAUGCCUCCUAUGCCAUGAGCUUCUACCCUCAAACUGACUCCAGCUGCUGGCUGUGCUCCCCAGUCCUCCCCAGGCACCAUGCAUCCCCAGCUGCACCUCCACUCACCAAUGUACCAUGUGCCUUGUAACGGUCACCACAGCCGACAGCACGGGCCUCCACCCUCCCCUGCAGGGACUGUCUAAAGAUAUGGGCUCGGUCCCUUCCUCCCAUUAUCCCCGAAUCUGCCUUAUUCUCAGCCAGAUCCCUCCUGCACCUGUGUCUCCCUGAAACUUUUCACCUUGAGGGCUGGAGAGACAGGGACCCAGGAGGGCGAGACUGUGAGUGUGCAGAAUCCCAGGAGAGAACCAGGGAGCUUGGGACGGUCCUCCCCAAACAGUCCCCUGAAGACUGAGGUUCUGCAGGCCUCUCCCCUUGCAGCGUGCCUGGGUUUGGGGUCUAUAAAGGCCUGACAGUGGGAGGAAGGUUCUCUAGGUGCAUGAGCAUAGACUCAGGUACAGGCAGAAAGGAAAGUGGGGCAGGUGGAGGUUUGAGACAGCAGAACUGUGGAGACAGACAGGAGGGUGUUCUGUGCCAACUAGGCAAUAAGGUUUAGGCUCUGGAAAGCAACCUGCUGGCCACCAGUUUGAAGCUUCUAAUCUAUCUACCCCUCCAGGGUUAUCAGGAGCCUCUAGGACUUGGUUGUAUCUAUCCCUAAAUGUCACCCUGGUUGUCUGGAGGACUCCAGGUCCCUGACUGUUCCCAGCAUCUGAUGAGGGGUCGGCUGCUUAGGGUUUGGAGUCUUUUCCAGUUUGGGAGCUCCUGAUUCAGAGGGACCCUCUCCAAGUAGAGGGAGAGUCUAGGCACAGGUUUCUAACUUAAUGCCAAGAGCCCUGAUCCUACCCCUCUGCUGCCCCACAACUUUUCUGAAUCUGCCUCCCUCUCAGACUGAGCCAGAUGAGGCUGCAGGAGGGGAGCUGAACUCUCCAGGCAAGUGUUUUGUGGUGUCACGAUGGAAGGAUAGGGUGAGCGCCAAUUCCCACAGGAAGCAUGGGUUAGGGACCUGCAUCCCUUUUCUAGUCAAGGACACUUCUGAGGCUUAGAGAAACAGGACACGUGUGCCCUUCUGGUUGGGACACUGAACUCUUGGUUGACACCGGUAGAUGCAGGAGAGGAAGAACAGUAUCAGGACAAUGCAGGAGCUGGGGUAAGGAGGGACCACUCCAUCCAGGUCUGAUUCCCAGAAGCAGACUCCCCAGGGUACAGAAGUGCUCCCAAGCUCAGCCCCUUCCACUGUAACCUCACACCGAGGCCAUCCCUGCUCAGCAUCUCUGGCCUUUAUUCUAUGCACAACUCUCUAAGAGUCCCCAGGCCAGGCUGGAUGGUGGAAGCUCAGGAUACCUGCAAUAAUGUUAAAGUGGAGGGGGUCUUGGGAACAAAGAUGGGGUGAGGAUGGCCACAGAAGAGAAGAGGAUAUUCCUCUUCAUCCAGACAGGCCUAACAGGACUCUUUCCCUGCCCCUCUCCUGUCUGUUUCCAAACCGGACAUAAGAAAGGGUCCGAAUAUCCCCAGAGCCCUCAGGAUUCCCUGAGGAUUUUGUGGCUUGAGAAGUUUUUUUCCCCUUCCCCAACAACAACAACAAAAAAAGGCCACCUUAAUAAAGCAUUAAAAGCUCACCACCUUAGAUUAGCAAGUUGAGUGGAUUACAGAUGCAUCCGAGUGAGGAUGCCAGUGGUGCGUCAGCUUCCAGGACUCAAAUAUGAAGGACUUCUGCAUUCUGUAUUGGAUGGCUCAGUGCAGAGUACUCACUGAUGCUUUACCACUGCAGACCCUUGGGAGAAGCCUGGAACCCCCAAAUUUGGCAUUGGUGGCUUAAUACCCAGUUACUUCUUAGUUUACAGAAGGGGCAGGCCCAGAGAUGGGAGGCAACCUGCCCAAGCUCACACAGCAAGCUGGUGGUAAUAUAGGACUAGAGCCAAGGUCCCUCGGGAGGGGGAUCCCACCAGAAUACCUUCACCUCUGAUACCUGCCACAUGUCCACAGGAACCGCUAGCCAUGCCUAAGGGCCCGAUUUCCCUGUCAGCACAACUCCAGGUGACUCUUCCCCUCUGUGGUCAGUCCAAACUUCUGCCCGCUUCUUAGCCCACUCCUAGGCCCACUUCCUGGUAUUUACUACAUCUGUGCCAUUCCCAGCCCCACAGCCCAACUUGCCCUUUCGAGCUUUCCCUGGGCAGGGGAGGGCCCACGCUGGGGCUUCUGUACUGAGACUUUUGUACACCACAGACUUUUUGUAUAUUUUUAAUUUUGCUGCGACAUGAGAUAUUAAAAGUCAUUUCAGUACAUUC